GUUUCACCUGGUGUACCUGCCACACCCGUUCUUACAGCAACCACGGUGCACAUCAAUGGCAAUUGCAACAUGUGUACCUAGGUACACAUAUCCUCGGUACUAGGUACUACUAGGUUAGGUAGGUACCUUACAGCUGUCCAUCAAUGAAAUGCUGACCGGCAGGCACCGACCUGACUUUGUCAACCGAAAAGCAAACACCUACAUAGUACCUGCCUCAGGCAUCUUCUUACUUACCUACCUACAUAGCACUUACCCAGGUAAACGCAAUGGUGAAAUUAGAAUCGUGACACCUUUUAAUGGUGAACCGCACCAUCAUUUGUGCAAACCUACCCAGGUAGAUUAUGAAAACUAUUCGCGUGUCGAUUUCGCUGCGUCGCCAUCAUGUCGCCAAACGCGGUUGUUGAUGGGCGCCUCAGCUUCCAAGAGAUCAUGAGUCUGGCCUCUCUACCAGAUCAGAUUGAGAAUGGAAAGAUUGUUAAACGAUAUAUGAGUCAACGCAGGGCUUGGUGUCCCGGAGAGAGCAUCCCAGUUACAGGCCCCGUCAAUCAAAACCUACGCAGACGAGAAGCUGGGUACGGUGGUCACGUCUAUAGCCAAGCUGGAAUUGCCGCUUCGAGAGCUUUCGGGGAGACACAAGCCACUCGAACAGACUUGUCCUCAUCUCUCAAAAAACAUGGCAUUCAUACUAUCCAUGGAUACUUCUCAGAGGCCGGCAUACCAGACAGACCUUUCAUCUACAAUGUAUUGACCAUCGCGGCGAAUCCAUCAUUCCACAACAUGCUUGUUACGGCGCAGCAGCCACUAUCUUCAAGUACCAAUGAGGCAGGAGACCACUUUCCGAUAGCAGACGCUCAACUCCCUCUUGGUCCAGUCUGUUUCACUGCUCUGGUAUCUUUCCGACCAUCUAUAGCGUCACAGUUUGUGGCUCAGGAGACUUCAGUGCAAGCACGAUUCGCCGACAUCCUCAGCUCCCGCCCGCCAUCUGCAUGGAAGCCGUCACCGGACGUUGAUAUCGACAAGUACGUUGCCGAGUUUCCAGUGCAGGGCGUUAGCACGUUCCCAGCAAUGGACGUGAGAAAGGUUGAUCUUUCCGCAUUCAACAAGGGGAAACCCCUCCACGAACGACGAGAGCUCUUGAUGUAUCGUCUUAUCGCGCCUCUGCCCGCGGAUAACCCCGACGUACACUUUUUCGCCCACGCGUACCAAGCAGAUCGGAAUGGUCUGCUCAUGCUUGGCAACAACGCUGGAUUUGGCUACAAUUUUGGCCGUGCCGCGAGCCUGAGCUACUCUUUCGUCUUGCACGUCAACCCCGAAGACAUGCUAAUGGCCUAUGGCGAGGAUGAGUGGUGGAUUGAAGAAGCUUGCUUUCCCCGAGUUGAAGCAGGGAGAGGUGUCAUUCAGGCCAAGAUCUGGAGCCCGAAGGGUGUGCAUGUGGCAACAGAGUACCAAGAUGGCAUUGUCCAACGCCAAUGGAAGCAUGGCGAGAGACGAGAGAAGCUGUAAGCUAGUUCUUCUUCAAUGUAGCAAACAUAUUGGAGAAUGCUCUUUAGCUCAUGCCCAGAAGCCUGGUGCAGAUUAUCUUUGUUAAUGGCUU